AUGGUGUUGAUCUUCGAAGAAACUCUUUCUGAAUUGUGUAAAGUGAAGUUCCCUGUUGUUUUACCUAGAGCGAACAUUUUUGAUGGCUGGGACGAAAAUGAUUCCAAUUUCCCGGUUCCUGAAAUUCUGAACAAGGAGGCUUUUGCUAAACGAAAGAUGAGUUUUGGAUUCCAUUUAUUCCAGGAGUACGACAGGGAAACUAACACCUUCCAUCCUCGAAUUGUUAUUAACCUGUGCGAAGAAUACGUCCGCCGACGACCUUCUGUUUCUCAUCACGCUGUUGAUGGAUGUUCAUACGGGACUCUGUCAUAUGAACCGAUGGUUAUUUAUCGCCGCUUUACCUAUUUGCGUGUGAAGACUGCUGACAAGUCCUAUAGUUUUACAUGUGAUUACCAAAAGGUCGUCUAUCCUUAUCUGGAUGACAUCUUUUUUAAUUUCACAUUGCUUCGCGAUGAUGCUUUUACGAUGACUUCUGUGUACCUCUUUUACGGGGAAGUCUUUGCUAGAAGUCUGCUCGAGCGAAAUCCGGAGUAUCAGAAAGACAAUCAAGCUGACACGGACAAAAUAAACAGGCGCGUUGUAUCUUUGGUAAGAAUCGCUGGACUAAAAAAGGAAGACUACGACUUGGUCCAGAUGUGCGACACUCGAUUGCUGAUUCUCAGACAACUUGCACGAAAAUUCUUUCGUACCUACGCGUUCUCGAACUACUUUGGACCGAUAAGCUCGUUUGUUCGUUUUGCGCAUCGUAUUGAAACUAUCUGCUUGGAACGUGAAAUAAUCAACGAUGAUCAAAAUCGGUUUUUGGGAUUCUCUCGCCAUGCGCUUCGUCCGCAACUGCAUCAACCAGAAGACUUCGAUUAUGCCAUCUUCAAUCUUGUGAGAAGAUAUCAAGAGGAGCAGAAAAUCAUUUUGGAAAGUGAGAAGAAAGAAGAAAACGAGCAGGCUGCUACUUCAUCCACCGCCAUUGGCGAAGACAAUUCUUCUUGA